AUGUCAAGAGAGCCCAAACAGCCGAGCUCUGGAGCGACACGUUGGAAGCAGGCACCGUGGCUGCUGCACCUGUUUCGUCGCUCUGCAUUUCAGCCAGAUGCCGUGGCCCACCACCGCCUGACCAAGAUGGCCGCCACCCUGAACAGACAUCAAUGGGCCGUCGUGCUGCUUCUACUACACGAGCUUCCGUCGGUCAAACUCACGCCGGACGACGUCGUGCACAGUACCGUGCUGAAAACGCUCGUUCAAAACCAUCGCUGGGAGCAGGCAAAGUAUGUGCUCGGACAGGUCUUGUCUGAUGGAGGUGAGAUCGAUGCUGCCGCUCUGACCACAUCAGGUUGUGCCGCUGAUGUGGGCAGGAGGUGGAGAGCGGCUGCUAAACUGUUCACGCGCAUGCAGAGGCAUCAACUGCGGAUCGAUUCUGUGGCAGGGUGUGUCGCAGUUUCUGCGAGCCAGUGGGAGCAAGCUUUGUGUCUGUUGAUGACGCUGGAUUUUCAUUCGGUGGAAUCCAAUCUUCAAGUUUGCAACGCCGCUGCGGUAACGCUUGAUCGUGUGAAUCAAUGGCAGAGAGUGGUUGCCUUCACCUCCCGGCGGGCCAGGGCUGUCCCCUUUGACGAUCUUACACUUGCAUCAGUGGUGCGUGCUCACAGCGGGAGCAGUUGGCAUCGGACGUUGACGAUCUUGGCUUUGUGCCAAUCGUCUGGAACAAGAUGCCUUCCCGCAGUCCUCGAUUCCUGCGCUGCAGCACGAGAGUGGUCCAAGUCCGGGAUGCUCUUAUCACGAUGGCGGGGGAUGUCAAUUCGCAUCGAUGGGGCAACACGGAACGGUAUUCUCCUUGCAGCCAAUCCGAGCAGCUGGAAACACACGUUGAGUGCGUUGCAACGGUUAGUGACACAAGGCAGCGAAUACAACCUUGUACACUUUGUCGCGGCAGAGGCUGUAAUGGAUGACUGCGGAGCAUGGUUUGAAAGCCUGGAGCUGUAUCGCAGCUCAGUGCAGAUGUCUCUGGGCCCCACGCUGGAAACUUGCAGCCUCGCUUUGCGUGCUUGCAGCCGAUCUCGUGCAUGGCUGCAGGCUCUCUGGAUUCUGGCCGAGGCCGAAAGCAGUAGAGUCAAGCCGGACAGCAUCGUAUUCAACACUCUGAUCACAACCAUGGAAUCCGAGAACUGGAGAAGGGCCCUGGAUGUUUUCUCAUCACGCAGAAGCCAGUCAAAUUCGGUGUCCCACAGAGCCACGAUGCGGGCCUUGUCAAGUGUUGCCUCUGCGAGCGGUGAAAUGUGGCAGCUGGCUGCGCAGAUCUUCCGAAAUCUGGGCAAGGUCAGAAUGAACAUCGACUCAGCAUCGUGUGUAGCAGCAAUUGAGGCAUUCGGCUGCAACCAACAGUGGAGACAGGUCGGUGUCUUGCUCAGCACCCAAGCGAACAGCAAUGUUAUCACCGAUGUGCUGAUGCGAAAUGCCGUCGUGACAUGCUGCACCAGGGCUUCACAUUGGAACCACGCCCUUUCGCGCUUCUAUGCUUCAGGUCUCGGGCUCAUGCCUGACAUCGUUUCUUAUGGCGCUGCGAUCUCUGCUUGCGAAGCCUCUGGCAGCUGGCAUUCUGCAUUGGGUUUGUAUGCAUGCAUGCUCACGCAGAGGCUCCAGGUCUCAACUAUUGCACAGGGUGCCCUGAUAAACUCAAUCAGUUCGGAACCGAAGUGGCAAUUGACGUUGCUUCAUUUGGCACAGCUAGACCACCAGAGGAUGGCUCAUAAGGGUGCCUUCAGUGCUUGCGAGAGAGUCAGCUGCUGGCAUCAAGCUUUGCAGCUCCUGCAGAACCUGUCGCUGAGACACGUCGAGGUCGAGGCUUCGAGCUUCAACUCGGUGCUGAGUUCCUGCGGGAAAGCGAGUCCGAGUACAAAGUGGGAGAUGGCCCUCCAGGUUUUGAGAUCCAUGCCUCUGCACAGGGCAAAACCAGAUCUUUUGACCUACGACUCGGCCAUGAUGACUUGUGUAAAGAGUGGCGAGACGCAGACAGCCUUUGACAUGCUUUCUGAGCAUGAAGGCCUGCGUUCACCGCUAUCCUAUCUGUGGUCCUUAUCUGCGAUGUGUGCAUCAGAUCCUGCUGUUGUCGCAAGGGCGUGCGUCAAUGCCGGAGAUGUCGCAAGCUGGCAGGAAGGAGCAGAUGCUGCAUUAUUUCUGUACUCAACAGCUCUGCUUGGAGCAUACGGCCAAAUCCAUACUGCAGCUGCGCAGCACGCCUUGGAGAGGAUGCGAUCGCUGAGCCUAGACAUGUUGCUGAUGUGCUGUUGGGGUGCCAUUGGAAUGCAUGGAUCGGAAAACCUGAUGGCGGCAUCAGCGGCACGUGCCCAACAGUUGUUGGCAUCGGUUGGCUGCACGACGAGCUUGCACACCUACGCCUUUGAAAAAUCUGGAAUUAAGCUCUUGGGUAUCGUUUUUGCCUGUCGGCUGUCGGGGUGCCUGCCUGCGCGCUUCUAUGCAUCCGUUCGCCGGCUUCUUCUUCAGGUUGGGCAGGAUUUCGACGCCAGAGCACGAGAGAGCGUGCAGCUUGUCCCUCCGAGGGCGAGGGCGGCAGAGAAAAAGGUGCCAAGGGCCUCGGCCUCGAGGAUUUCGGUUCUCCUAGAUCUGCCGGAUCGGGCGGCGAUGUACAAGCCGAGAGGUUGGGAGGUUUAUGGUGGCCACUCCCGGCUUCAGCUUGUCGCCUUCGCACAAGAUCGCUACGGUGAUCGGCAAAUCUUCCGUGAUGCAAGUCAUCACCACGGUUUUCUGCAUAGGCUUGAUGUCCCCAGCUCCGGCCUGGUUGUAGUGUCAAAAACCUUCGAGGCAUUCUAUGACUUACAGCUGCAGCUUCAUGCCGGGCGUGUGUGCCGUGACUACGAGGUUUUGUGUCAUGGUUGGCUCCCUCCGCGGGCUGAGUUCACGGCGAGGGUCUUCUGGCACGGAGAUGGACCUAGCAUUUCAGGUGGUGCAGUGCCCACUGCCACCAGCUUUAUCGGCACUUCUGUCUCAAGUCCGCUAUCUUCGAAGUUGGAUGCAGAAAGGCACUUGUGCGGUGGGAUAACUGGAGGAAACUGGGCCGACCCUUUCGUUGGCCGGUGUUUCAAGGUCAGUGGAGCCAACAUGGUAGAUCGUGGAAGCAGCUUGGGGCUGCCCACCACCAUACCAAGCAUGGCAGCGGUCUUGCUGCUGGUUCUGGCGUUAGCGGCCGCAGAAGCCAAACCCAAAGCGAAGGAGCUGGCUCCAGAUCCGUUGCCGUCUGCACAGGUAGAGGUCCUCAUCAACGGCAGCCGACCGGAGGACGUGUUGUCGCCCAAAAGCGAUUUUGGGCCCAUCGUGCAGAACGCAAGCAAGCUUGGCGAAUUUGGGUAUGCGAAGCACCCCAAACAUGUGUUGGACUGGAGCGACUUGCGGGGUGUCAUCAAGGGAAGGAAAUGCUCCACGGAGCAGGCUGAUACACAAUGCGGAGAUCUCGUGUGCCGGAAGGGUUUGUGUGCCCAUUGCACAGAAGACUCUGAAUGCCCAUCGCUUCACCAGUGUGCGCUCAGCAUGAGUGGUGGCAAAACUUGCCGCGCGACUGGUCGAAAGGCUUGGGAAUCUGCCUGGCUCGACAGCAGCGAGAAGUUCUGCACUCUUUUGAUCCUAGUGUCUUCUGCUUUGGCUGCAGCAUCUGGAACUGGCGGUGGAAGCAUUUUCGUUCCGGUCCUGAUCUCUUUUUCUUAUUUGCAGGAAUCUGCCGUAGUGGCUUUGUCCCAGUUCAUGAUUCUUGUAGGCUCCAUCGUGAACCUGUCCGUCUUCCUGGCCAGAAGGCACCCUGAUUUCCCAGAGCUGCCAGUUAUCGACUAUGACUGCAUUGUUGUCCUGAUUCCUAUGCUUUGCCUUGGUGUCACGCUUGGUGUCUUGGUAAAUCGCACAUCGCCCUCAUGGCUUCUACUUACCCUGCUUUGCUCCACUCUUUGCCUGGCUUUGUGGCGCACUGGCUCUAAAGGCCUCAAGCAGCUCAAGCAGGAAAGAGAGCUUUUGGCUCACCGGCCAGCUGCCGAAGAUGAUGUCCCACAGCAGGGCCCGGAGGUGGUCAUGAGCUACGGAGAGGUCAUGAAGGAGCUGGUGCAAGCUAAGUCGGAGCAGAUUGCCGGCAUCGCGAUUGUGUGGUUGGUGAUGCUCGGUGCCAGUUUGCACGGCCUCCCGUACUGCUCGAUCAACUACGGGCUUUUCCUAUGUGUUUUAGCUGCUUUGCUUACUACGUUUGCGCUUGUGAUGACAUGGCGAUUCCAAGCCACAUCUUACUUGAACCCCAUUGACUGGCUCAAUGGUGGAGGGAAGGACCGCCAUCCCAUGACCUUUCCCAUGGUGGCUUUUGGCACCGGCUUUUUGGGUGCCAUGCUGGGCCUUGGUGGCGGCAUCUUGCUGAGUCCAGUCUUGAUUGAGGUGGGGAUGCACAGCGAGGCUGUUCAGGCGACCGUCGCCAGCUUCGUCUUUCUGUCGAGCUCGCUGGCCACGAUCCAGUACUUCAUGAUGGGACAGAUCGUCUGGCACUAUGCUUUGUGGUAUGGUGUUGUGGCCGUCGUGGCCACGUACCUGGGCCAGACAGCCUGCGAGGAGCUCCGUGGGAUGAAAAUCGCACGAAUCGAUAACCAGAGAGCAGACAGGGGAGCUGAGCAUGCCGUGAAGUUGGGCUGCCCUGAUGCAGUCCCAGCCUGGGACUGUCUGCAGGUCUUUAUCCGCAAGCGCAGCCGACGUGCUCCCAACCCACCUGCGGCCCUUAUCCGCUACCAUGAGGUUGGAGGUCGCAGGCUGGAAGACGACUACGAGCUUCAGGAUGAGAUCCUCGGAAGCGGGAUGUCAGGCAGUAUCCAGCUGGUGACAAGCAGGGUCGAUGGGCGCAAGCAUGCCUUGAAGACCUUUGACAAGAACGGGUUGACCGAAGGCCGGUAUAGACACCUGAAGAAGGAAUGCGAAGUCUUUCUGACGGUGGACCAUCCAAACAUCGCGCAACUGAGCGAUGUCUACGAAUGGGAGGAUGGCAUUGCACUCAUUAUGGAGUACUGCUCCGGCGGGGAGUUGUUACAGCGUCUGGAGGCUCAAGAGGUCUACGACGAAGCGGCUGCUGCAGAGGCAACGUCCCAGAUGCUCCAAGCUGUCAACUAUCUUCAUGCGCACAGCAUCGUCCACCGCGAUCUGAAGCUCCAGAACUUCCUCUACGAAUCAGCAGAGAAAGAUGCCCUCCUGAAACUGAUUGACUUCGGGCUGUGCGAAACCCUUGAAGAUGCUGACAUGAAAAUGAAAGCUUCUGUUGGCACCCUGGAGUUCUGCAGUCCAGAUGUCAUCAGUGGUAAGGAAUACACCAGCCAAUGUGACCUUUGGAGCUUGGGUGUUGUGGUCUUCAUGCUUCUUGCGGGUCGGCCUCCAUGGAGCACCUCAAGAGGUUUUGAGGGCAUGCGCAAGGACAUCGAGAAAGGCCUGGUGAAGUGGGACCGGCUUCUCAACGUUUCCGAGCACGCGAGAGACUUCGUGCAGAAACUUCUGGUUGUCAACCCCACCCAGCGCAUGACGGCAGAAACUGCACUUCAGCACCCUUGGCUUACCAAAACGUUUGCCGACGUCGCGGAGCCGAAAUUGGAUCCCUCCGUGUUGGUGUCACUGCAACAGUAUUCUUCCAAGUCGAAGAUGCAGCGCUUGCUUCUGCAGCUCUUGGCCCAGGAGCUUGCCCCGGAGGAGGUCAGCGAGAUGCGCGAGCUGUUCAUGAAACUCGAUUCUGACGCUCGGGGAACCAUCCGGCUUUGCGACUUGAAGGAUGCUAUGCGCCGUCACUCACGCCGUGCGAAGCAUCAAUCGCCCACGAAUUCGAGGUGGACGGAGCAGCUGCUCAGUCCCAAGAUGCGCGCUUCGCAUCGUCGGCGGCUUCGACAGGAGACGGCUCCUUUUCUGGGUUCGCCUGCGACUCCUCUGGCAGAGCAGAUUUUCUCGGUGUUGGAUGCCAAUGGAGACGAGGAGGUCUACUACUCUGACUUCCUGGCUGCAACAGCGAGCGUCCGCUGGCAGCUACGGCGGGAGGUUCUCCGCAAGAUUUUCAAUCGCUUUGACCGAGAUCGCUCCGGCACUAUCAGUAUGCAUGAGGUUCAGCUGGUUCUCAAAGAGUCCCUCGAGGAAGGUAGUGUGGAGGAACUGUUGGAAGAGUCCAAAGUGGCUCUCGACAGCAACGGCGAGAUCAGUUUCGAGGCAUUUGUCAACCUCUUCGAGAAAAAGGAUGUUCUGCCCCCUGAGCAGCUCCUCCCUCCCGAGCAGCAUGUGCCUCAUGCGCUUCCAAGGGAGGAUCUGCUGCGUGCUUGCGCCUGGGAUGACACUCCCAAGAGUCCUGUAUCUUCGACCAGGACACAUCCGCUCCUCUUUGCAGCUGGUGGCUAG